AUGCCGAUAGAAUUAGAUUACGCCUUGCCCGCUCCCCUUGGUCUUUUACCUCGCCCUAACCCCUCUGUCCCUAUUCCGCCAUUCUUACCACAAUUAAUUCCUCCCCCUUGGAGCUUUCCGGUACCCGGGCCGGUUUUGCCCCCCGGAUCACAGUCGGCGAUUCAACAGCAGUCGGCGACUCAGUCGGCGACUCAAACACGACCGGCAAUGGGACCGCAUCUUCCUAUUGGGCCGGUUAUGCCGUUUGGACCGAUGAUGCAUCCACCGAAUUAUCCAUUCCCGAUACCUUUUGCUAUGCUACCACAGCCUGCUAUACCGCAACCUUCGUCAACCCAAGGUAAUGUCCGUGGACGUGGAGGUGUUGGUCAUUCACGACCGUCCUCUCGAUCUCGGCCUCGACGUCAUGUUGCUAGGACGACUAACCAAUCCCGAGCUGGAUCUGCCAGAGGACGUUCAAGUUCACGGUCGACUCGUCCGAUUCCCCAGCAGCCAUCAAAUAGACCACCGACGCCGGAUGCCUCUGAAGGAUCCCCUAAGACCCAAACGAUUACAACUUCUCAAGCACCUAUGAGUCAAGAAGCUCCCAAGACGCCACCGGCACAACGUGAUCCUUCUCCCGAUCCCUCUCCAACAUCAAGAGAUCUGGAAGUGUUAAGGAAAGCUACUGGGUCUCUUACUAUUUGAGUGGCGAGGGCACGUGCACGAAUUUCACAUCUCCAAAAAAACCGUCUAUGAUCCAGUUAGUCCUUUUCGACAAUUGGUUGUUCCCAGUGUGAUGACAAGCAGCAUUACUGGGAGGAAAUGGCGACAAAAUUUUCAUAUCCAAUCUACAGUGGAAUGGUGGCAUGAAAUUUUUCACGACGAUCAUGGCGCCAUGCAGUUCUCUUUCUCAUUUGCGUUUGUGCUCUAGUUUUCACGUCUUGCGAUCAUGAAAUCACGGACGAUUCUUUGUAACUUCUAAUGACCAAGUGUGCCUAGUCAGCACUA